CUCUCGCCGCCUCCAUCCUACAGUUCGUCGUCUUCAGAAAAUAUACGACGCUGCAAACUGUGCACAAUAAGCCGAUGCUCUGGAUGAGAAGAGGAAGGAAGCAUGGUAAUGUGUACAGAGAUGGAUUGAUAUUGGUCUGCAUGUCUGCCUGCUGUGAUGCCUUCGGGCUUUGAUCUCGCGGGCCUGGAUUUGACCCACACUUCUUUCUUUUGUUUUAAUGUCAAAAACUGAUUCAAGAACCAAUGUGUAGUCUGUCUCAUUUUGUUUAUCUUUUUAAACCUGAAAAACCAUGAUGAUUCAAGUGCCUGGGACAGUUUAUCGGAUUCUAUUUUGACAAUGUACAGCCAUAGUUAUCCAUAAAAACAUGAUUCAUGAAGCCGUGUGACAAGUCUGGUUAAACAUUUUUUACUUGAAAAACAUGAUUCGGGAACUGGGAUCAGCUAACUAAAUGUUUAACUGGAUUCUUUGAAUUGUACCAUCCAGCUGGAACUGUAACAGCUAUCGCAUAGUGAAUUUAGGGGUUGUUUGUUUGGGCACCACAUCUCAAGCAAGUUUGUUAUCAACAAACUUCAGUAUGAGGUUCAGGCUUUGAAUUGUUAUCAACAAGUUCUGCAAUCAGGUUUCCUGACGGAGUGAUCCUACACCCAAAGUAAUUGUAGAGGCAGGAACAAAUGACCCAACUCAACGGUCUGCAUAAAAUGGAACUGACGAAUUAUUCGUGCGUCGCAUUGGUUUACUUCGCUCUGAGGUGAUCAAGGGAAAGCUAGCUCGGAGAUUCCCGGGUGAAGGAAGGAUUCGGAAUGGAAGUCGGCGGCGAUGGCGACAGCGGCAGGAAGCACUUCGUCCUCGUGCACGGCCUCGGCCACGGCGCGUGGUGCUGGUACAGGGUGGUGACCAUGCUGCGCGCGGCGGGGCACCGCGCGACGGCGCUCGACAUGGCGGCCUCCGGCGCGCACCCGGCGCGCCUCGGCGAGGUGCGCUCCUUCGAGGACUACUCGCGCCCGCUGCUCGACGCCGUGGCCGCGGCGGCGCCCGGCGAGCGGCUGGUGCUCGUCGGGCACAGCCUCGGCGGCCUCAACCUCGCGCUCGCCAUGGAGAGGUUCCCGCGCAAGGUCGCCGCCGCCGUGUUCCUCGCCGCCUGCAUGCCGUGCGCCGGCAAGCACAUGGCCAUCACGCUCGAAGAGUUCAUGAGGAGGAUCACACCUGAGUUCUUCAUGGACAGCAAAAGCAUCGUCCUGAACACAAAUCAAGAACCAAGAACCGCCAUUCUUCUUGGCCCCAAGCUAAUGGCAGAAAAGCUGUAUGAUCAAAGCCCAAAGGAGCAGGAUCUGACGCUGGCGACGAUGUUGGUGAGACCCGGCACGCAGUUCAUCGACGACCCGAUCAUGAAGGACGAGACGCUGCUCACCGACGGCAACUACGGGUCGGUGAAGAGGGCGUUCGUGGUCGCCAUGGAUGACGCUUCAAGCAACCAGGACAUGCAGCGGUGGAUCAUUGAUCUGAGCCCCGGCGUCGAGGUCGAGGAGAUCGCCGGAGCUGAUCACAUGGCCAUGUGCUCCAAGCCGAGGGAGCUGUGCGAUGUGCUGCUCAGGAUCGCAGCCAAGUAUCACUGAGCAACAAAUAAAUUUGUCCAAGAAGAGCAACAUUAUCUUUACUAUGGAAUAUUUGUGUAAACUAUAAACUGUUAAGCAGAAGAUAUAAUUAUAGAUCGAUCACGUAUGAGUCGUGCAAACUACAUCAUUUUCUGUUUGACAUGAACUCGAGUUCUUCUCAUGA